AUGGUCCACACAAUACCGUGGUGCACUGUUCUUUCUCCCCCUAAUGUAUCCGGUGUCAGUCCGGGAGUCUACGAGAACCAACUGGUGUGGAUUCUGAAUGGUACUACUGGCGCUAAGUGGCCAGUCGCGGUUUACUGCAAAAGAAAGGAUCAGGCAUUGGCGUUGAACACACAUUUGAAUCCAUUCCUGGUGUAUCAUGGCCAAGAGGACGAUGUAACUUUCAGAGCGUCUUUGCAUGAGUGGCAAGAAUGGCCCACGAUCACUGCAAUGUUCGACAACGAUGGGGCCACCUUCUGGGCCAUCAUAUAUGGCGCAAGGGCAGGCAUCUUCUAUCACUGGUGUAUCAAUACCCGGCCAACACAACGACUUCACCAUUUCAUGCUGGCAGUUCGAGUUCCCCGCCCUACACCCACCAUAGCUUCACCCACAGCAUCUCCAGUGGGGACCCCUUCGAAGCAGAAAGGGAAGGCGCACAUUCCCGACUCGUCACCAAGGAAAACUCAUCAUGGCAACUACCUCACUUCGAAUGUGACCGUCAAUAGCGUUGGCAAUGGGGACAUAUUUUCAUCUCCCACAUCACACAGCUCACCAAGGACUCCAGUAAGCCUCGGCCAAGCGGGGCCCUCCAGGCCAAGAUCCAUGUCACCACUACAUCUUCCCAAGUUACUUGCAAGAUAUCUGGAGGUAUACCAGUACCCGAAGCGAUACGUAUCAAGACAUCUUGAAGAGGCUGAUACAAGGGAUGACUUUAUUGAAGCCGUGGAGGAGAGUAUUCUGGAAGAGGCAGGCUGGAUUCAUUUGGGACCUGUACUUUGGGUUGAUGGACAUAGCCUUUUGAGUCCUCAUACUAAGAAGUGCACAGUUUUUUUACGGAGGGAAGGGGGGGACUUUGGUGAUGAUGCAGAAUUGAGAAUAUCCAUCACGGAUUUUAGCCCGGUGUUAGCAUCUUUUGACAUGAAAGACUGGAGAAAGAGAUAUAUUUAUUUCACUACUACGAUUAUCGCUAGGGGAUAUCGGCAGAAGAAAUGUACUAUGAGGCGGCAGAAGCACCGGUAUGCAGAGGUCAAAGUCACCGGUCACGCAGAUACGGUAGCCUGGGACUAA